CCGGCGCCACCCGGUCCCCGCCGGCGCGGCCCCUUUAAAUGCUAAUGAGGCGGCGGGAGCUGCCGGCGCCGGCCCCCGCUGACUGUGUUAAAACUUCGGCGGGGCCAUUUUGGGGGCAGUAAGACCCAGCGUGCGCCCCAGGGAUCGGGAUCGCCGCUGCCGAGCACCCGCCCGUCCCCUCCUCACCGCCCGUCCCAACCGCCAGGCACCAUGAGCGAGGCGGCGGAUACCGGCACCGCCAGCUCGGCAGCUGCCCCGGCCACGGCCACCGCAACAGCUGCUGCCGCUGCUGCUGCUCCCCCGGCCGGGGUUUCCGCGCCGCCGUCGCCCACUGGCCCGGACGCGAAGCCCAAGAGCCCCGUCGGCGCCGCCACACCGGGCGCGGCUGUCGGCGAGACGGGCGCCGGUGCAGCUGCCGCUGCCGCCACCACCGCUACCACCACGACCGCCGCGGCCGAGACGGAGAAGAAAGUGUUGGCCACUAAAGUUCUUGGCACAGUCAAGUGGUUCAAUGUCAGAAAUGGAUAUGGCUUUAUCAACAGAAAUGAUACCAAAGAAGAUGUGUUUGUUCAUCAGACGGCAAUAAAGAAAAACAACCCACGGAAAUAUCUGCGCAGUGUUGGUGAUGGAGAGACUGUAGAAUUCGAUGUGGUUGAGGGAGAGAAGGGUGCAGAAGCAGCUAAUGUCACUGGUCCAGAUGGAGUCCCUGUGGAAGGCAGCCGCUAUGCUGCAGAUCGGCGCCGCUAUCGACGUGGCUACUUUGGCCGACGCCGUGGACCUCCUCGAAGUGGUGCUGAGGGAGAAAUCAAGGAUGGGGUCACAGAAGGAGGACAACUUAAUCAACAAGUCCAUAGGAAUCCUACCUAUCGUCCCCGCUAUCGCAGAGGGCCCUCACGUCCACGCCCUGCCCCAGUGGCAGGAGAGGCUGAAAACAAAGAGAACCAUCAUGAGGUCAGCGCCAUGGGUCAGCAGCCGCUUCGCCGUGGCUACAGGCGUCCGUACAACUACCGGCGUCGGCCUCGUCCACCCAAUGCUCCAGCUCAGGAUGGAAAAGAGACAAAGGUGACUGAAACACCUGCUGAAAAUCCUGCUCCAGUGACCGAGCAGAGUGGUGCUGAGUAAUGUCCAGCUCCCCAGGCAACUUUACCAUCCCUCAGGUGUCCUAAAAUACAAGUCAAAAGUAACACCAAAGAAACAGUCAAGCAAUAAAUUGUCAGCAGUGAUGAUGAAAGCAAAGAUUUGAAACAUCGGAACUUACAAGAAAAAAAAUUACCAGCAGCUGAGAUCCAAGGAACGCCUACAAGAUACACACGUUAAGAGAGCGAGAUUCAGAGAGAGCAACCUCCCCAGUUUCAACAGCAACUGUGGGGUUUUGGUUUUUUGUUUUUUUUUUUAAAUUUCACGAUUUCAUUAGUAUUGAAUUUUUCAAUUUUUUCUUUUGGUAUCAAACUGAAAAGGGAAAAAACCAACAGAAGAACUGAAAUUGAAAUAAAAUAUUUUUUUUAUUGGAUGCUGGUGCUAAACCUCCCAGGUGUGAUGAGUUUGGAUAAUUUUUUUUUUUGUGCCAGUCCUGUUUACUGCAGGACAUGGGGAGGAGAAACUUCCGCUUUCCUUGGUAAGAUCUAUUUGAAAAUGCAGCAUGGGUGACGUUCCACACAAAUAAAAGUGAUUUCAAGUACAAAAAAAAA